AUGCGCCUUAUCCUCGUCCAUUCGUUACUCUUUUCCUUCGGCCUGGCUCGGGCAGCUGUAACUGCCUAUGGUCCGCAUGUCCAGUCACCAUUUGUGACUACGACAGCUGCCUCUGCCUCAUACACGGGUGCUGCUUCAUAUGAUCAAUCAACAUUAGUUGCACCGGCCCCGCCUAAUCCUCCCCCGCCCACUCAGUUCGCUGUAGAGCUGCAGACUGGAAAUGCAUCGGGACUCUCAAUACAACAAGAAGGUUCAUUCUUUGGCUUCAGUGUGGAGUUUAGUGUUACGACGCAAGUCCUCGGGCUAAACAGUUCUUUCCUUCAAGUGCCAUUUCUCAACCUUAUGGCCAACUUGCGACAACGCGGAGGCAGCGUCAAGGUUCGCGUCGGCGGCAAUACUCAAGAAACCGCCACCCUAGUGAAUAGCACCCCGGACGGUGCUGCUCUCGAGAAGGACUAUGGAAGUUCAUCUAACCCCACGGCGACGCCGCCCCUUGUCUUCACAAGCGAGAUCAUCAAGAUGAUGGCCGAGAUAUCUGCACUCACCAACGUCUAUUGGUACAUGGGUGUGCCGUUCAAUGACACUCAGCAUUGGCGUCUGCAAAUCGCCGAAGUCGGAGAGGCGAUGCUUGGAAAAUAUUUAAUUGGUUUACAGGCUGGCAAUGAACCUGAUCUUUACUCAAGACACGGACACAGGCCUGGUUCUUAUAGUCCUCAGGAUUACAAAGACGAGUUUGGUCUUCUCAUCGACGCAGUGAACGCAGACUCUAAUAUUCCCAACAAAAAUCUGCUCAUUGGCCCCAACCUGGCUGGUGUAUGGAGCCCACCUGACAUCUGGCAAACCGGGUUCGCCACAGACUUCAACCAAAACCUCGCUGGAUUGGCUGUUGAAAGGUACCCCACUGAUAAUUGUUACGCCGAGUUCGGAAUAGGCACUCCUCGUUAUGGCCAAGAGAUGUUCCCGACCUACCUGACGCAUCAAUCCGGUAAAGACAUCGUCAAUGAGUUCCCCGGUGCGCCUGCCUACGCACAGUCCGUCGGAAAGCCCUUCAUCAUGUCCGAAACAAAUACGGCGUCUUGCGGAGGUUUCCCCGGGUUGAGCGACAGUUUCGGGGCCGCCCUGUGGGGAAUUGACUAUGCUCUCCAGCUAGCGUACAGCAAUUUCUCGACUGUGCUUUUCCAUGUCGGUGGACAGAGCGUAUAUUAUAAUCCCUUUACGCCACCUGUAACAAACCAGUCGUCAUUCCAUCAGUGGACCAUCGGUCCGAUUUAUUACUCGGCUCUGGUAGUCGCAGAAGUACUGGGCUCCUCCAAUGUCGCGCAAGUUCUGGACCUGGAUGCAAAUAGUGGAAACGACUACACUCCGGGUUAUGCGAUUUAUGAAAAUGGUCAGCCAGUCCGUGUUGCGCUGACCAACUUCAUCACGGAUCCGUCUGGAGAUAACGAUUACACUGCGAGUAUUUCGAUCGGGGGCACAGUGCCUGCUCAAGUGACAGUCAAGUACUUGCUGGCUGACUCCGUCUCUCAGAGAUACAACUUCACAUGGGCUGGACAGACCUUCGGCGACGUAUUCACGUCAGAUGGGCGACUUGUCGGCGCACUCGACGUUCAGACCAUUCCCUGUGAUCAGAUCAACAACGUCUGUCAAGUCAAAGUACCUGCUCCUGGUUUCGCCCUUGUAUUCCUCACCGACGACGCACUGUCCGAGUCCGACCAGGGCCAAACAAUGACCUUCCCAACCACGGCAUAUACAAAGAUCACUCAUGGACCGACCGUCAGCAUUGACGCCUCCGUUCUAGCAACCUCGAACGGCGAGAAGGGAUUAUCCGGCGCGUUGGCAGGAACGAGCCAAGGUCGACCUGUAAACAGCGCUCUUGGAUUUGCGCAAGCGCUGCCUAGCUUGGCCGGUAUCCUUGCCGGCGCUCUCAUGAUCGCUCGUCUGGCCCUCGUGCAAUGA